AGUACAGCAGUGACGCAGCGGUAGAAUCUAGGAGUAUCAACUAAUAACUUCGUUAAUUACGAGCAGGCCGGGCAGCCUAUUUAUACACACACUGCGCUGCGCCUCUGCUCCGAUCCCCCGAUCUGUGAAGAAGGCAUCUUGCACUUUCCGUCACUGCCCUUGGUUCGCAAUUCGCAUCCUCCUCCGCAUGCGCACGACGGCGGCGGCCACGAACAUGAAGCCGCCGCCGCACGGCACCUCGACCGUGCUCGCGCUGCUCUCCCUCUCGCUGCUCCUGCUGCGCCUUCUCCUCCGCCUCCGCCUGGCCGCCUUCCGCGACGCCGCGCUCUCGCUCCACCUCCUCGCGCGCCUCCGCCUCCGCCCCGUCCACCUCCGCCUCCCGGGCGGCGCCACCACGCUCCGCGUCUGGUGCCCGUCCUCGCCGUCCUCCAAGCCGCCGCUGCUCCUCCUCCACGGCUUCGGCGGGGACGCCAAGUGGACGUGGGCGCGCAACCUCCCGCUCCUGUCCCGCCACUUCCACGUCUACGCCCCGGACCUCGUCUUCUUCGGCGCGCACUCCCGCUCCGCCUCGCCGCUCCGCUCCGUGGCGUUCCAGGCCCGCUGCGCCGCCGACGCCAUGCGCCUCCUCGGCGUGCACCGCUACGACGUCGCCGGGAUCAGCUACGGCGGCUUCGUCGCGUACCGGAUGGCCGCCGCCGAGGCCAGGGGCGCCGUCGGGAGGGUCGUGGUCAUGACCAGCGGCGUCGCGGCCGCGCCAGGGGAGAUGCGGGAGAUGGCGGCGCGGGAGGAGCGGACCGUCGAGGAGGCGCUGCUCCCCAAGACCGCCGAGGGGCUGCGCUUCCUCGUGCGCCGCUCCAUGCACCGCCCGCCGCCGUGGAUGCCGGACUUCGUGCUUGACGACUUCAUCCAGAUCGACAGAUCGUUACGUGUACGUCGGAAGCACCUACCACGUUUAAGCUCCUUUUCUUCGGCUGCAGCUCAUGUGCGUGGAUCAAAGGAAGGAGAGGGCAGAGUUGCUCCAGGAAUUGCUCAAGAACGGCGCUGGCUUCGAUCCCCUCCCGGUUCUUACCCAGGAAACACUGAUCAUCUGGGGAGACAAAGACCGGGUGUUCCCCGUCGAUCUUGGCCACCGGCUGCACUGGCAUCUGGGAGAGAGAUCCAGGCUAGAGAUCGUCAAGGACGCAGGGCACGCGCUGCAGCUGGAGGGGGCCGAGCAUGUCAACAAAUUCAUCAAGUCGUUCCUCCUGGACGAACGACGAAUUGGGCCGGGCGUCGCCGUGGCCCAGAAAAUACAAACGACCAUGGAUCUUAGGCAAAGGACUCCCCCUUCCACCUCAAGUUCACAUGGAUGUAAUCAUGAUCGUGCUGUGGCAAAUUUAGAAGGCACGCAACGCCCUCAUCUUCGACAACAAGACAUCUUCGGUGCGCGAUGUGCUUCGACGGGUACCUGACAAUCUCGAUGCUUGGAAAUGUAGGUACAGGAAGUAAGCCUCAGAUACAGAGUUGGCGAGACUACCUACACUCUCGUCUGUAAUCUAUCUCCUCCACUCUCACCUUGUAACUUCUCCCUGGAAUGCCAGGUACUAUUUGUACUGUGACCCGCCAAUGUUCUUUUAUAUUCCAGAUGUA